AUGGUAGGAAGAACCCACGACUCCAGACACAACAGCCGUGGUGGACGCGACAAGAGUCCUCCAGGUCCACCUCCAGGUCCACCUCCAGGUCCACCUCCAGGUCUUCCUCCAGAUCCGCCUCCUGGUCAUCCAGGUCCACCUCCAGGUCUUCCUCCAGGUCCUCCUCCAGGUCCUCCAGGUCCAGAUCCGGAUCCUGGUCCUCCUCCGGGUCCGCCGCCAGGUCCUGCUCCAGGUCUUCUUCCUGGUCCUCCUCCAGGUCCUCCUCCAGGUCCUCCAGGUCCAGAUCCGGAUCCUGGUCCUCCUCCGGGUCCGCCGCCAGGUCCUGCUCCAGGUCUUCUUCCUGGUCCUCCUCCAGGUCUUCCUCCAGGUCCUCCAGAUCCGCCCUCAAGUCCGCCUCCAGGUCCUCCAGGUCUUCCACCUGGUCCUCCUGUAGGUCCGCCUCCUGGUCCUCCAGGUCUGCCUCCUGGUCCUCCUGCAGGUCUGCCUCCUGGUCCUCCUUCAGGUCUUCAAGGUCCGCCUCCUGGUCCUCCAGGUCCUCCAGGUCCGCCUCCAGAUCCGCCCCCAGGUCCUCCAGGUCUUCCAGGUCCUUCAGAUCCUCCUCCAGGUCCGCCUUCAGAUUCUUUUCCAGAUCCUCCAGGUCCUCCAGGUCCUCCAAGUUCGCCUCCAGGUCUUCCUCCAGGCCCUCCUCCAGGUCUUCCUCCAGGUCUUCCAGAUCCGCCCUCAAGUUCGCCUCCAGGUCUGCCUCUAGGUCCUCCAAGUCCGCCUCCAGGUUCUCCUCCAGGUCCUCCAUUUCAGCCUCAAGGUCCUCCUCCAGGUCCUCCAGGUCCGCCCCCAGGUCUUCCUCCAGGUUCGCCGUCAAGUCCGCCGCCAGGUCCUCCUCCAGGUCCUCCAAGUCCGCCCUCAGGUCCUCCAGAUCCACCCUCAAGUCUGCCUUCAAGUUACUCCAGGUCCUCCAGGUCCGCCGUCAAGUACUCUGCCAGGUCCUCCAGGUCCGCCGUCAAGUACUCUGCCAGGUCCUCCAGGUCCGCCGUCAAGUCCUCCGCCAGGUCCUCCUCCAGAUCCGUCUCCAGGUCCGCCGUCAAGUCCGCCGCCAGGUCUUCCUCCAGCGCGUGCGCACUUCGGCCGCAGAACCGCCAUGAGAAUCCCCGAUCCUCUGGCAGAGCAGGACAAGAGCACCCGAAAGACGGCCCCGCCCUCGGCCGACGGACAACGUCGCCCUCGGACGCCAUCUACGAGAAGGGCCUCGGCCUCGGUGGCACUCCGCCCGAGAGGCGGAAGGAGCGCCGAGUUCCUUUCGUGUUCGCGGGAAUCGUUUCUCUGGAAAAUUGA